UUUGUAUAUAUACAUAUAAAGUGUUAGUCAUCACAAUAUAGUGAAUGUUUUAGUGCGUAAGUUCCAGUUGGGUGUGGGUACUGUGAGCGCGCUUCUAACCCUUAUUUUAAACAUCUUUGCGGGAGCUAAAUAUUUUACAACCAUUCAACCUAAGUUUGUUCAUUAAUAAAAAUGCGAUAUAUGAGGACAUAGUGAUUUUUGUGAUUUUCUAAUUAAGUGAGUUCAAGUGAAGUUAAGUGAAAUAAUUAAUUAAUUGAUAGGUGAAAGCAGCAAAGGCGUUCGUUGAAAAUAUGAGCGAUCAAGAAAUAUACAUGACAAUAUCGAAAUUAUUGGAAGAUAUUUGCAGUUUUCUGGAUGAAAGUAAACUAACAGCAUUAUCACCGAAUGACCGAAAAUUUGCCAAUGAUCUUUUGAAGAGAUCCAAAGUUCAGCUUCAAGAAAUUUCCAAAAAAACCGACUACGUUGAUAUGGACCCAGCAAAAGAGAACAAAACUUACAAACCGGCAAAUAAAAAUGUGUACGUUCCACCCCCGGAUAAUACCCCCGUCGAACCAGAGGAUUUUUACAAUGUUAUUGAAGUUAACGAUCCAGAUGCAUGCCCAUUUUUAAGUAUGCCAGCCAAAGACACCUCAUUUCAAUCUAAACACGGAUACAUAUCAUACAAAAAGAAGGUGUUUGUCAGAUUUGAAAAAUUGAAACGCAUAUUUGCAGUGAUACAGGAUCAAUGGUUUCUUAUUUAUAAUACCGAAAAAGACUUAAAACCAACAUCGCAUUUAAAUUUAAAAGAAUAUGCAGCCAAAGAAUGCGCGAAAAAUAAAUUUGAGCUAAUUUCAACCAAAGGAGAAACAAAAAUUUAUUAUUUUAUCGCUCUAACGUAUAAAGACAUGUUGCAGUGGGUGACAAAAAUAAACGAAUGUCAUGAUUCUAGUAUGAGGAAAAAAGUCGACGAUGAUGAUGACGACGACAAUACGUAUAUUAAAGUGGGCCAAAAACUACCUCCCAGUAAAAUACCCCAAUACAAGCCGUAUAAGUCGCAAAACUUACCGGAAAGAUAUACACAUCAAGUCCUACCUCCGAUACCGCCAUCGUCAACAUUUAAACCAGACGGUACUCCGGGCAAAGCAAAAAAAAUUCUACCGCCGAAACCUCCAGCAAGAAAUGACAGCAUAAAACCGCCAGUAUUGCCGAAAUUACCAACAAAACAACUUGAUAUCGAUAAAGAAGUAUGCAACAAUGAUGACGAUGAAAGUGAUGAGAGUGAUAAUAAAUAUCAUCAGAUAGUACCACGGAACCCCCCACCAGAAUCAGAGGACGAAAGUUCUUUUUCGGAAGCAGACGGAGAUGAUAUAACCUAUGAAAUGAUAAUGCCAAGUAUAAACCACAGUCUUCCAAAUAGGUUUGCCUUUAAUGAUAAUUAGUUAGCAGCAGGCUCUACAGUCUUUUCAUUUAACACACGAACAAACUUGAAGGUUAUUGAAC